AUAGUCAUAUCGUUUGAUGGUUUUCGCUAUGAUUAUGUAACCAAAGAUUUGACACCAAAUUUAUAUAAAUUACGAGAAACUGGAGCCACCGGUCAUAUGUUAUCGCAGUUUAUAACGAAAACAUAUCCAAACCAUCAGUCAAUAGCCACCGGUUUGUUUGUAGAAACUCAUGGUAUUGUUAGCAAUGAAUUUUAUGACCCAAAAUAUAACUCCGUCUUCAAUGUCGACACUUCACCCGACAGUUGGUGGACUGAAUUCCCCUCUACUCCUGUUUGGACAGUCAAUCAAAUUCAUGGCCAAUACAGUGGUACUAAUCAAUGGCCGGGAGAACACGUCAAAUAUCGGAACAUAGGACCGACACACACACGAAGUUUCAAUCCGUCCAUUUCGUGGCACUCGCGUAUCGACACAAUUGUCAAAUGGAUUACCGAUCCGCACAAACCAGCAAACUGUGUGUUCAUGUAUUUUUGUGAACCCGACACACACUCACACAAUUACGGACCGUUCAGCAAACAAGCCUAUGAACAGGUAAAAAGAGCCGAUACGUUGGUCGGGUAUCUCGUCGAUAGUCUGUCCAGACAUAACUUAUUGAACACAACUAAUCUUAUAAUACUGUCUGAUCACGGGUUCGCCGAAGUUAGAUCGUCUACAGUAUUAAAAAUGAAUUCAAUAAUCAAUCCUCAGUGGUAUACCGAUUACGGUUCGACACCCUCUUGGUCUAUAAUACCGAAACCCGGCUACGAGGACAAGGUCUACGAAACACUGUUGAAUGCAUCAAAAACAAUGCCAUUCACUAUUUAUCGGCGCACAGACAUACCGGACCACUUUCACUACAGUGAUAAUCGUCGUAUUCUACCCCUGUUUCUGAUUACUAAUGAAGGCUGGGAUGUUCAUCACGACACUUACGCUCAUCCACCUGGUUAUCCUCUGUGGGGUAAUCACGGAUGGGAUAAUAGAUUAGCAUCAAUGAGACCACUGUUUGUGGCCAAUGGACCGGCAUUUAAGAAAGGCUAUAAUUUGACCAAAGAGUUUAUGAACACUGAUCUAUACCCGUUGAUGCUAACAGUGCUCAAACUGCCAGUUCAAUUGUAUCCCAGCAAUGGAUCACUUGAUGCAGUCCGGGAACUGCUAUCUGUUUAA